CAAACUUGAAUUUCCGAGGGGUCGGAUUAGUGCCCGUUUCCCAACUUGUCUCAAGAUCUCCUCUAACCAGUUAUCAAUUGCAAGUCUCAAACCACCUCGAGCAAGCGCUUUAGCGCCAAUCUCAGCAUUGGCAGUGGAGCAUCCACAACUUAGAAGAUCUGCCAAGGCCAAUUUGCAUCAUCGAUAAUCGAUAGUGUCACCGCCAUCCAGACGUACUUUGCUCGCCGUCAAGGUACUGCCGAGUUGGCAGCGGAUCGAGAUGCGGCGAACGCUCCGCCGUUCUUGCGCGUCUUGCGCAAGAGCCAAGCAGAGCUGCGACCUGGGCACGCCGUGUUGCUCCCGUUGCGCCAAGCGCAACCUCGAGUGUGUCUACGCCAACGAGCCCUUGAAUGCGGCGGCUAAUCCGCCAUCGGCGUCGCUUACCCCUUCUUGCGGCCCUUUGACGGGCUACAGGUUCCCACCAGUCGACCCCUUCGAGUCGUACCCGCCUACGAGGCUACCCCGAGAACACGUCCAGCGCCUUAUCCACAGCUUCCUCCACAAGAUUGCUUUCCAGUACUACCCCCUCGAUCUAAACCCGACCUCCAACCCCUUCCUGGUAUCGUGGUGGCCAAUAGCCCUUGGCGACCCGGCCCUCUUUCAUGUGUCAUUGCAGACGGCAUCCCUCGACGAGGAGUUGCUAGCCCAGAAGGGUUUCCACACUUCGGAUCUCCUCAUGGCCGACUCGGUCGCUUUACUCCGCCGCAAGGUCGAGGACGCAUCCCUUGCCGUGCAAGACGGGACCCUGAACUCCGUCAUCACCCUCGCCACCAUCGAGUUCGGAAAGGGUAAUACUCGGGUUGCCGAGAUGCAUGUUGAUGGAGCGAAACGACUGAUCCACCUGAGGGGCGGUAUCAACUCGGUGAGGCAGACCAGCCCACUUACCGCGAGGAUGGUCAGCUGGGUCUCCAUGCUCAUCAUGGGCCACCCUCAAUUCGAGACCCAGGACGAUACGGGUGUCGGAAAUGGCAUACCCCCUAUUCCUGAAUGGCAGUUGGGCUCGCCGGCAAUCUGCGAAGUCCCGCUUGAGCUCCAAAAUCUCGACGUCGACGAUGGAGUAAAGCAGGCCUUUCUGCGUCUGCGCAGCGUCUUCCAAAGGGCACAGCAGACGCCGCUCACUGCCACCGUGCUCCAUGACCUGGCAUGCUUCGUCAUACACCGGCUCCUCCCUCCGGCUGACGACAGGGCGAGCCAGACAUCACCACUCACCGAAUGCGUCCGCUACGCAACCAUCCUCUACAUGUUCAUGGUCCAGGGGCCAACCUACUUCACACAUGCUGUAAUCUUCAACCGCAUCCUUCACAGGUUUACCGAGAGCCUCCGGCUUCGGAGACCACAACAGAGCCACGAUUCCGUAGAUGUCUGGUUUCUCACAGUCGGCCUGGCAGCGGCGAACCGCACUCCUCAUUACCCCUGGUUCGUGGGAAGGGCGGCGGCUACCGCCAACACGCUACAGCUCAGCAGCUGGGACCACGUCUCUGCCCGUGUCAAGGGUGUCCUGUGGUUGGAUACCCAAAAGGUCGAGGCUAUCUUCCGACCUCACUGGGACGCCAUUUUCAGGGCGCCGGAUCACCCUGAACCGCCAGACCUGCCAGAUUGUACCAGCAUGUCACCAUGCGCGCCUGACAGAGCAUUCAUAUGACAAUAGAACGUAAUUACCU